UCUGACCAUUGCAAUGCAAAAUCCGAAGACAAUUAAGAUGGAACCAGCAUUGGUCGCGCCCCCGGGUAAGCUUUUGCCACCACAGAAGCCCUGGGAGAUGUUCGACUGGCCGGAGGAGCAGCGACGUAACAUCCACCGGAGCUGGGGCAGUGUCUUUGCCAAUGCCCGGAUGGAUACAUCGGCGCAGAAGUAUUUCGACAAGUGCAUCGAUGAACAUCAUGGCCAGGAUUUCAGGACGCUGCAGCUGAGGAGCAAGUUCAAUCGGUCGGUGGCACGGGCGGAGGCGGCACUGCUUGACAGCACAAGGGCGGCCCAGGUGCUGGGGCCGGACGAUGUGCACACUCAACUGGCGGUGGCGGAUGCGCUGUACGACCUCAAUCGCUUCGAGACGAACAAGUUGCUGCUGAACGACAAUGUGCGCCGACAUGUGGGCACCUCCAUGGAGCCGUUCGAGAAGCGCUUGAUGGUGGUUAACGAGAACUUCAAGGACAGCCUGGGCGAUGGCCUGGCCAGCUUCUUCAUGAAUAAAUCGAGCAGCCUGAAAGCGUUCUACGAGCAGAAGUCGGUGGGAGGGGAGCUGGUGCCAAAGGACAGGCGGCCGCACUGGAAGAUCAUCAGGCAGCAGCAGCAAUGCGAUGUCCAGAGCGUUCAGGAGGCGGAAACGGAAAUACUCUCGCCCCUGGAGCAGGCCCGACGGCGUCGCAAAACCAAGAUAUUUUAUCAGAACUAUCUACACGGCUCCUGGAAGGACUUCCUCUUCUUUAAGACCCUGCGCCAGAAUCCCAAUUUACUGCUCGACCAGUACUUUGGCUCAUCGCCGGAGCGGGAACAGUAUCUGGAGAACUCUUUCCAGCGCAUAAAGACCUUCACACGGAUGCUGCACGCCCGCAGUCCCCUGUACAAUGACGUACCGCAGGAGAAUCGCAAUUUCAAGAUGUCGCAACGCUUCCGCGACGAGAGCUUAUUUCGCAUCCAGUACCAAACGCGCCGGAACAUGCACAGCAUUCUGCGCACGAUCCGUUUCCUGAGGCGGCACGAUGAUCUGGCGCGUCUGCGUAAAUUCGUGGAAGAUGUGAUGGGCAACUAUGUGAGCGUCAAAACGAGUCGUAUAAUGCCUUGGAAGACGGAAUUCACGAACGAGGUGUACAACCAUUUGGCCCUGAGCCUGAGCGAGGGCUACCGCCUGCCGCCCACACGUGUCACGCCAUACAACAAGAAUGCCAUGUGCAUGAUGCUGAAUGUGCCGGCGAUCAAGCCGCUCGAGCGAGCAGUCUAUGUGUUCGGGGAUCGAUCAUCCUACGGGUAUCCAGUGCAUGACAGACACAAAUCACAAUCCCUACAGCACCUGGAGCAGCGUCUGUUCUUUGCCAAGCUGCCGAUCGAGCGCGCUUAUUUGCUGCAUGAGAUAGCCGAUCAUCAUGUGCAACAUAAUCACUUUGUGCAGUGCCUGUCGUAUGGCCAGCAGGCCAUCGAGGAGGCCAAGCGCUGCAACAGCAAGAUCUGGCAGUUCCUCAGCACGAUGCUGCUGGCCAAGGCGCAUGCCGUACUCCACAAGUAUGAGCGGCAAACGGAGGUGCUCAAUGCCGCCUAUCAGCUUGCCGCAGAUCUGAAGAAUCCGCGGCUCUGCACCUUCAUCGAGCUGUGUCGCAUGCUCAACAAGGACUACAUCACCCUGCGCAAGAUGUCCCAGCUGGGGGCCAGCAAACGCCUGCGCUCCAAGCAGGACAAUCGCUCGAGUACCAUCAGUACCAUCACGCCACAGAUCUCGUCCACCAACCUGUCGCUGCUCCAACCCCGCACCGAGCACGAAACGAAGGCCUGGAGGGGACUAAAAUAAAAAUUCGGACUGGCUCUGAUGAACCAGGGGCUCAAAGGCCAAGAACUGUCCUGAACUGUUCAGUGCCUGGCAUUUGACCCCCUGGCAUCGGACCGGCGAGACUGACCCUCGAGCCUCAGAAGAUUUCAAUUGGGAAAUAUCUGCCAUACCUGCCAUAACAAAAGCCA